AUGGCCUGGGAUGGGAAUUCUGCUUUUAUUGUUUUAGCUCUUCCUGAUUUUGGGCUGUAUUUGUUUGAGAUUCUAGUUUUGAAGCUCAGUUUAGGACCCAGUGGCCUUUCAGCUGCUUAUGCUCUUGCAAAAUUGGGGUAUGAGAAUGUUACAGUGCUUGAGAAACAGCGCACUGUGGGUGGCAUGUGUGAAUCUCUAGAAGUCCAAGGAAGAGUAUAUGACUUGGGUGGGCAGGUGGUGGCAGCAAACAGUGCUCCAACAAUCACAAGUCUGGUAGAGGAAUUGGGCAAUGUAGAAUUCCAAGACAUGGAGUCUCACAAACUUGCUCUAAUAGACUGCAAUGGCGGCCAAUUCGAAGAUUUGGAUGUUCAGGCAGAUUACAUGUCCAUCAUUCCUCUUACAAUGAAAUUACAGGCCAAAGCCAAAGAUUCCGGCCACAUCGGAGUCCACGCUGUGAGCCGCCUGAUGCCGGAUCCGGUACCGGAAUUUUUUAGACAAAAUGGUUUAAAAGCCAUUCCUAAAGCUGUUGCAUAUGGGUAUACGGCCUCUGGCUAUGGAUUCGUUGAAGACAUGGCUUAUGCUUACCUGCAUGAAUUUGCCCGGACGUCCAUGUUGGGGAAAAUCCGGCGAGUGAAGGGCGGUUAUGCGAGCCUGUGGCAGAAAUUGAGCGUAAAAUUGCCGGCGGAGGUGCAGUGUGGUAUUGAGGUGGUCAGCAUCGAAAGGGAUUCGAACUCUGUACGUGUCCACACUAAGGAUAGUGAGAGGCAAGAAGAAAAGACGAUGGAGUUCGACAAAAUUAUUAUUUCUGGUGCAAUUCCCUUUGCUGGGUCCACCAAGGUUUACAGGUCAAAUUCCACAGACAUGAAGGCUGGAUUUUAUGAUAGAUUAGAAGAGUUGCAAGGCCAAGAAAAUACAUAUUAUGUAGGUGGGUUGAUGGCUUUUGAGCUUACUGAGCUAAAUUCAACUCAUGCCAUUGAUUUGGUUUGCAAGCAUUUUGGAUCAGAUGUUCACAAUCCACCAUUUCCUUAUGUCAAGAGAUUAUUUCCAUUGUAUACAUUACAACAAAAGAGUUGCUAUAAAACCAAAGAAUUGGAUGAAAUACUUGGUGUGGAAUUUCCAGACUUGGCUACCAUUGAUGAGUAUUUGCAUUUUUGGGCAUCCCAUAAAAUAGUAGGGCACAAGACUUUGUACUCAUGGAUAAACGAUGAAGGAAAAGUUGUAGACAAGCGGACAUACCAGGAUAUUGAUGCUAGGAGUUCCCUUAUAGCAAAAAAGUUGCUUACAUCCAAUAAGCCUAUAAUCAAACCAGGGGAUAGGGUUGUGUUGCUUCAUCCUCCUGGACUUGAUUUUAUAGAUGCCUUCUUUGGAUGUCUACGAGCUCGAGUGUUGGCAGUUCCACUUCUUCCACCAGAUCCGCUUCACCACAAUGGACAAGCACUGGCCAAGGUGGAGAGUGUAGCAAAAUCUUGCAAUGCAGUGGCCAUACUCUCCACCUCUUCAUACCAUGCAGCUGUUCGUGCAGCUCGUCUUCGCAACAUGAUUCUCCUAGGGGCCUACAAAAGCAAGCUUGUCUCUCGUUGGCCUGACCUACCAUGGCUCUACUCUGAUUCAUGGACCAACAAAAACACCACCAAAAGGAAAUCCCCUGGCUCCUGGUCAUGGCCCAAGAUUGCUCCAAUAGAAGACGAACAGGAAGAAUCCCUUCAACACAACGAUAAUGCAGUCAGAUUGAAACCGCAGCCUGAAGAAGUGUGUUUUCUGCAAUUCACUUCAGGCUCAACAGGGGAUGCAAAAGGGGUUAAGAUCACUAACGCCGGGCUUGUACACAAUGUGAAACUCAUGCAUAGGCACUACAAGAGCACUUCACGCACUGUGUUAGUAAGUUGGCUACCGCAGUACCACGACAUGGGGCUCAUCGGAGGUCUCCUCACAGCAAUGCUCAGCGGUGGAACUGCAAUUCUGUUUUCCCCCUUGACCUUCAUCAGAAAUCCCUUGUUAUGGAUUGACACCAUGACUAAAUACAAGGCUACUCACAGUGCAGGACCCAAUUUUGCCUUCGAGCUCGUCGUCCGCAGGCUGGAGACGGCUAAGAAAAAAGAAAUUGAAUUGUUGGAGGAAUAUGAUUUGUCAUCAAUGUUGUUUUUGAUGAUUAGUGCGGAGCCGGUGAGGCAGAAAACACUAAGGCGGUUUGUGGAGCUUCUGGGGCCGUGUGGGCUAGGGGAGGAGGUAUUGGCACCAGGCUAUGGCCUAGCAGAGAAUAGUGUUUUUGUCUCUGUUGCAUGGGGUGCUGGGAAGCCCAUUUAUGUGGACUGGCAGGGGAGAGUCUGUUGUGGUUAUGUUGAACGCAAUGACCCAGAUGUUGAUAUAAGGAUUGUAGAUGCUGAAACAGGGGAAGAGGUGGCAGGGGAGGGAAUCGAAGGCGAGAUCUGGGUUAGCAGUCCCAGCGCAGGGAUUGGAUACUGGGGUUGUGAGGUCCAAGGAGAAGAGACAUUCAAGAAUAAACUUAAUUCAGGAACAAGAAACUACACCAGGACAGGAGAUUUGGGGCGGAUAGUGGCAGGAAGAUUAUUCGUCACAGGGCGUAUAAAGGACUUGAUAAUUGUGAAUGGCAGGAAUGUAUACUCUUCAGACGUGGAGAAAACUGUGGAGACCUGCUCGGAAUGCAUUCGACCCGGGUGUUGUGCAGUGAUUGGAGUUCCUGAAGAGACCUUGGCCUCCAAUGGGAUUACCCUAUCGGAAUCCUCAGACCAGGUGGGUCUUGUAGUAAUUGCAGAAAUCAGAGACGAAAAGAUCAUUAAGACGGAUGUUGCAGAGCAGAUUCGAAUGGUAGUGGCAGCUGAGCACGGGGUCGAAAUUGCCGCUGUAAAACUGAUCAAACCAAGGACCAUCUGCAAGACAACUUCAGGCAAAAUUCGACGGUCAGAAUGUCUCAAACAGUUUACAGAUGGAACCUUGGACGUUGCGGGAACAACUCGCAAAAUGGCUCUUGUUCGGACAUUUACUGGGAAGGCGGAUCAUAAGUCUUUGCUUCUACCCGUCAUGAAAAGGUCUUGGACCUUCAACGGCUCCGAUUCUAAUGCAUAUUCUCCAAUUGAAAGAGUAACAGAUGGAUUCCCCAUUAGAGAAGAUAUUCUACAGUUUCUAGUGUGUUUGGUGAGUGAGAAGACUGGCUUGGAGGCCUCUCAGAUAUCACAUGAUAAUAGUUUUGUAAAUUACGGGUUAAGUUCAAUUGUGGUGGUGGAAGCAGCACAGAGGCUGUCAUCAUUCUUAGGGGUACAUGUUGCCGCAAUUGACGUUUACACUGCCGGGUGCAUCUCGGAACUUGCAGAGUUGGCCUUAAAUCUCAUGAAAAAAUCGGGUGAUAACACCCACAGUGUCAAAGGAUCGAAUCCGAGGGACUUGUUGAAAUUUUUGAAAGGCCUCGUCUCAGAGAUGACUGGAGUGGCCAUUCAGGAGAUUUCUAGUACAGAUAGCCUUGUUUCCUACGGGAUUGAUUCAGUGGGAGUAGUUUGUGCAGCUCAGAAGCUCUCAGCUUAUCUGGGUGUCCAUGUUUCUGCAGUUGAUAUUUUCACUGCAAACAAUAUUUCAGAACUAGCAGCAUUUGCAGAGGGACUUCUUCAGCGAGAAGGAAAAACAAUUGCAAACAUUACAAAAGCAGAGAAUGUUAAUUCAUAUACCCAAUGUGUAUUGCCUUCGGCUCUCAAAAGGCUUGCAAUUGGGUUUCUUCAGUUAAUUGGUAUUUUGUAUGCAGCAGCAUUGUUGAUUGUUCCAGCAUACAUAGCAUGUUCAAUUCCCCUUAGUGUUGCUUUGCCUGCUGCUGAACUACUAAAAUUGAAUCCCAUUUUGCUUCUUCUUCUUGCCAGCCCAGCUGCGUGGAUAUUCUACAUAGUUAUGACGGCCAUUUCUCUGUCAAUAUUUGGGAUUACAUUUUUGCAAGUGAAUCAUACAUUGAAACCCAAGGUUUCUGUGUGGUCUGUGGAUUUUGUAAAAUGGUGGACUCUGUAUCGUGCCAGGGAUUUUGCAUCCACCAUGCUUGCCACUCACCUUCGUGGUACUGUUUUCAUUCUAUGGUGGUACAGGCUUCUGGGUGCAGAUAUUGGAAAAGAUGUGGUUUUAGACAGUACAGACAUUACAGACCCUUCUAUGGUUUCUAUAGCAGACGAAGCAGUGAUCUCAGAUGGUGCAACUUUGGAGAGCCAUCAAGUGAAAAAUGGAAUGUUGUUUCUAGGUCCUGUAAAGAUUGGAAGUCGUUCCUUGGUUGGCCCUUUUGCCUUACUUCAAAUGGGCACUGUUUUGGCAUCAGGAUCUGUUGUUCCUGCUCUUCACAGGACAGAAAUUGGGCAAUCCUUUGGGAAGAAAGCACCACAUUCAAACCUGAAGGUAUGCUAUAUAAUCAAUUCCAAUUUACCAGUAAAGCCUUUAUUGGCAUUAUCUAAUUUGUGGUGUAAGACUAGCAAGGUCUCAAUUUCCUUCGCAUGCAUGAUUUAUCUAUUUACAUUUUGUGAUUGUCAGAGUGCACGGGGGGCAGAGCAGGAGGGCAAUAUGGCAACAACGACCACUCACAUAUGGCAACUACUGGGCCUAUACACGGUGGCCAUGGUCAGUACCUUAGCUGCAGCAAUGGUAUAUCCACUGUUUGUAUGGCUUUCAAACUCAAUGCAGUUGCCUCAUAUCCACGUGUUCUCCGACCGGGGCUUUCUUCUAUUUUCCCUUGCAGGGGCAUUCCAUUGGCCACCUGCCACUCUCGCAGCUUUGGUUGUGCUGAACGAACCUGCGACUGUUCUGGAAAUUGCGUCUCAAAUAUUUUUAGAAGCAAAAGUCUUGCAGUUUGCAUUCUGUGUUGGAUGUACUUACAUAGCCUACGGCUUUGUGCUAACACUGAUGACCUGCAUUCUCAAAUGGUGUAUUGUGGAAAAAGUAAAGCCUACUGAGGCACCUAUGAGAGCCACCUCUAAUCUGGGCCUUCGAAUUUGGUUCGUACACAGGCUCCUGACUUUGUGUCAUCAAAGAUUUGUACAGCUUCUAUCAGGAACCGAAUCUUUCUGCAUUUAUCUAAAAUGCUUAGGCGCAAAAAUCGGCAGCACAGCAUCUAUCAGGGCAAUCAAUGCCAUAGUCGAUCCAGACCUCUUCCAGCUGGGAUCCAACACCCACUUGGGCGACUUCUCUAGAAUAAUAACGAUGACCCACAAAAACCCAAGGAGCUUUACUCUGGGGAAAAUUCAAAUAGGUUCAAACUGUGUGACAGGCACCCAGAGCCUACUUUUACCAGGCUCCACGUUGCAGGAUCGAAUCACGCUGGGAGCAUUGUCUCUGGCACCUGCAGACUGCGUGCUGCAAGCUGGGGGCGUGUACGUGGGAACAGAAAAGCCGGUGAUGGUGAACGCCCAGGGUCAAUCAGGGGAUCUUCUUUCAGAUAAAAGAAUCCUCCAAAUGGACAAUCAUUACAGAAAAAUUGUGGGGAAUCUCGCGGCACACCUAGCAAAAACAACCCUGAAAGUCCAAUCCCGUUACUUCCAUCGCCUGGGUGUGGCGGGAAGAGGCACCCUCACAAUCUUCAAUGAUCUCAAAGGCCUUCCACAGCACGAAAUAUUUUCACCCGGCAAGAAAUACCCCAUUAUCAUCCGCCACAGCAACAGCCUCAGCGCAGACGACGACGCUCGCACGGACGCCCGAGGCGCGUCCAUUCAAAUAAUGCGCGGCGAAAACAACACCACCGACUCUCUAAUCGACCUUACGCUCAAGACAGGAAAGGCCUUCUACGCUAGAACUUUUGCAGACUUUUUUCAAUGGCUAGUCGGUGGGCUCAACCACAGGGAAGAGCAAGUGAAGCGUUUACCCCACAUCCGGGACGCCGUCUGGGGUUCCUUCAGACAGACAAACUCCUAUACAGAACUACACUACUACUCCAACAUAUGCCGCUUGUUCCGAUCCAAGCAAAGCCGGACCGAUUACUACGUGAAAUUCAAGCUCCGACCCGCCGAUCCACAGAUCAGCGAAGAUGCCGGUGCAGUGAACCCGAAGGACCGCCUCCUCCCGCCCGAAACCGGCGCCAUCCCACGCGGCCCGGCGGACACCCGACCCCUUCACUUCCUCGCAGACGACUUCCGAAAACGGGUAGCGUCUCCCUCGGGCGUCAAUUAUAUCCUACAGCUACAGAUCCAGCCCGUACCCCAAUCAAUUGCAGAAAGGGAAGAGGCCCUGGACUGCACGAAGCCAUGGGAUGAAGAAAAAUACCCCUACAUCGACACGGGCGAGAUGAAUUUUAACCAGUUGCUCGACACAAAAGAGGCAGAGCCGCUACGGUUCGAACCGUACAGGCGUUGCCCUGGGCUGGAUGUGAUCCCUGCGUCGUCCUCCCGCGACAGCGCCUCCAUAGACCAUGGCCGGUCUCUUGUCUACGACAUCUGCCAGCGCCUCCGCACCGGUCUGCCGCUUCACCCAGCAUGGAAAACGCUUUUGCAGCAAUCCGACGUGGGCUUCGACUUAAGCACCUGCCCGUGCCCGUUUGCAUCCCCACAGUCGGCCGUCGGAUCCCCUGUAAAAGAGUUCUCGAAACCGGUGUCGCAGGUUCGGAGCUGGGCAGUGUCUCUGUGGCUUCUGCUGGCCCAACCGUUGCUACAAACGGGGCUACCCUAUGCGUUGCUUGCUCUGGCCUUCGUUGCGCCUCUUGGGUUGCUCUCAUAUUGGGUACAAAACGGGGAGAACUGCACAAGAAUCCUCUUUCCUGCUAUUUUCUUGCCUGUGUUGUAUGUACUGACGGGGUUUACUAUGGUAGUCUUGACGGUUGUAUGUAAGUGGUUUAUGGUGGGGAAAAUGCGGGAGGGUGAUAGAAUUGAGCUAUGGAGCAGAGCAACGUUGCUGGACACCGCCUGGCAGGCGGUGAGGACUGUGGCGGGUUUGCAUUUUGUUCAGCUCUGCAGAGGCUCUGUUGUUUUUGGUCUGUACAUGAAGAGCUUGGGGUCUAGUGUUGCGUGGGGCGAGGGUGCCUUUGUGGACAGUAUGGAAGCGUUGCUAAACCCAGAGAUGGUGAGGGUGGAGAGGAAUGGAGUGGUAGGGAGGAAUGCCAUGUUGUUUGGGCAUGUGUAUGAGGGAGGAAGAGUGGAAUAUGGUGAGAUCAGAAUUGAAGAAGGAAGUUGUGUGGGUGGUCGAGGGGUGGUGAUGCCUGGUGUUUGUAUGGAGCCUGGUAGUAACUUAUCAUCUCUUUCUCUUGCUAUGAAAGGAGAAAGAGUUUCUACCUUGUAAAAACCGCACGGGGAGUGCCUGCAACAAGACACCGAAGGUUGAGAAUUAGUUAGUUGUGAUUUGAAUAAAGUCAAGUGAAUGUAAAAAGUAGGUCUCUACAAUCAUCAAACAAAAUUUUGAAAGGAGAUGUUUGUGGAGAAAAGAAGAAGUGAAAACAUUAUUAUUUGAAAAUGUCAUACUAUACAUAAUUCAAUCAAUGUUUUUAGUUGGUUCCAAAAUUUGAAUUUAACCACACAUCAACCCUCAUGCUGCAGAAGGCAACAUGAUGUACA